AUGUUUAGGCAUAUCGUGCUAGCUGUUCUUAUGUUUUACUGUAAUUCGCAUUCAACUAAAGCGUACCCACGAAUAUAUAUAAAAGAGAUCUACGACACUAACAACAGGCUGUAUGACAAUUUCAGAACAGAAUUGAUAAAAAAGGGUUAUGAACUGCUACAAAAACAGAAUGAACUAAAUUUAAUUGGCAUCAACAAUUGUUUACAGACAUACAUUAAGAUGCAAAACAAACUUAAUUGCAUUAAGCGAUUCAUUGCACAGAAUAAGUAUCAUGAGAGGGGAGGGUCUAAGUUGCCACAUGGACCACAUUCUAACGACGAUAGAAUCAUAUACGAUGAUUUCACUGAUAUUUCCCAAAGAGAAAAUCCUGAAAAUAUAAAAAAUAUGAGUUUUUCCCAAGAUUAUUUAGAUAUAAAAGAUUUGUUACGUAGCAAAAGUGGUUCACAGAAAAAAAAGAAAUUUGUCUUUCAAAUCGUCAAUCCUACGGAAAGACAUACAGAAAAUAUGCCCAAUUUUAAUAAUUUUAGAAAGUUUUAUGCAAACAAGAUUGACAAUAAGAAUUUGAGAAUUAGCAGCGACGAGUCUAGUGAGUCAAGUGGUUCAGAGGAGAUCCCUCAAAAGGAAAAACGUCAGGAGUCUUCUGAAAGUGAAUCUGAAUUAUCAAAUAACGCAGAAGUUACCACUAGAAAGCCAAAAACGAAAAAUGGAAAAUUAUUAUACAUACAGUCUCCAACUCAUUUUUAUAGACCAAGUAGAAGACGCCUUCCCCACUUUCUACCGAAAAGAUAUCAUUGGGAUGAAGAGGAUAUAAAAAAAUUACACGAUUAUUGGUUUAGUGGUCCACAAGGAAAAUAUUGGGGCCCUUAUAAGACCCCGUAU